AUGAGUCAGGCCGUUCUUGAUGAGACGGAGGAUGUCUCUCUCUUCGAUGCAGAUGAAGAAACCACCAGAAGACCGAAGAAAAAGAAAAUCAAGCACCCCAUUGCGUCAUUUUUCCACCUGUUCUUCCGCGUGAGCGCCAUAGCCGUAUAUCUCCUGUGUGAGCUGGUGUCCUCUAGCUUCAUUGCCUGCAUGGUGACCAUCAUCCUGCUUCUGUCAUGUGACUUCUGGGCGGUAAAGAACAUCACAGGAAGACUGUUGGUGGGGCUGCGAUGGUGGAACCAGGUGGACGAUGACGGGAAGAGCCAUUGGGUGUACGAGUCCAGGAAGGCCGACCCGGGAAAGAAGAGUUCCUCUGAGGCGGAGUCCAGGAUCUUCUGGCUGGGCCUGGUCACUUGUCCUAUUAUUUGGGUCAUCUUUGUGUUCAGCACCCUCUUCUCAUUCAACGUGAAAUGGCUGGCCGUUGUUAUUUUGGGCGUCACGCUUCAAGGAGCAAAUCUCUACGGAUACAUCAAGUGUAAAGUGGGCUCUCCAAAAAACCUAACCAGCAUUGCCAGCAACUACCUGGGGGGCCAGUUCCUGAGACAGACGUUUUCCAGGAACCCCCAAGCCGAGUCUUAGCCCUCACUUGGAAAAUGCACAAAGUACAUUAUAUUUUUACUGCAGACGGGGACUAUUUUUCUUUUUAUCACUACGUAGUUGAAUCUUUU